AUGAGAUUUAUUGUUUUAGCUGUUAUGAUUUUAGCAUUACUAGCAUCAUUGUGGGAUAGGUCUGUGGCCCAUAAAGAUCGUGAAAACUUCGAAGGGAAUCGGAAACCCUCUGAUUCAGCAGACGACGUUCAUGAAGCACUGCUCGACCUUGUUGAAGGCAAGGCGCAACCACCAGUGAAAGAACGGAGGAGAGCAAUGCGUGCAGCUGCUGUGCGAUACUGGAGAGCCGGCGGAAGGAUAUCAGUGAAAGAAGACUAUGGUGAUAAGGCACUUUAUUACGAGGGGCGUCGACUAUUAAAAUCAUCAGAGGUUAACAAAGUAGUGGUUGAGGAAUUUGAAAGGACGAAAGGAUCUGGUGCGGGGAAGUUGGCUUGCUCACUGAGGGACAACUUUUUAGGAGUAAGUCGAGCUAAAAUACAAACUAUUCUAAAUACGGACAAAAGUCAUUAUCGCCGAAAUGCUAAGUUUCUUAAUAAGGCGAAGCUGAAACCUAUCAGAGCCAGAGACGUUCAUGUUAGGCACCAAAUAGAUUUGAUGGAUAUGAGCAAAAAAGGAUCCGUGAAGAUGAAUGGACAUUUCUACAGAUACGUUGUAACAGUGAUUGAUGUUUUCAGCCGUUUCCUUUGGCUUCGUCCUUUGGAAAGCAAAUCAAGCCAGUUUAUUGCAAGUGAAUUAGAAUCUAUUUAUAUGGAGCAUGGAUCGCCAGAAAUAAUACAGUGCGACCAAGGAGGGGAGUUCAAGAAAGCUUUGAAAUUACUUUGCGAUCGCAUGAAUAUAAAAUUGAUUGACAGUCGCCCGCUCCAUCCACAAUCACAAGGCAAGGUGGAACGUUGCCACAGGACACUAAGAUCCAAGAUGGAAUAUGACCUUCAAAAAAUGGGCCAAGACGGUGUAAACUGGGCGAAACAGCUCCCUCUUUAUCAAAGAAUUCUAAAUGACGACCCUAAGGAAGUAAUAGCUCACAAAACACCAUUCGAAAUAUUUUAUGCUUUACGAAAUACGAAAUACUUAAACGAAAUACUUUAA